GAGUUGAAGAAAUGAGUGGUUCCGGUAAAAGCCUUCUUGGCCUUUGGCUCUAUAGGACUGGUGAGAGAAGGGUUUUGCGUGAUUAUGAGAGAAAGUCGACAUCAAAUCAUGACCGAGAAGGGGCGAUCACUGGAAGAAAUUCGAUCGUUUUUUCCCUCAAAAAUCAAAUCGGGGGCCUCGCACGUGUUCUGCAGGUUUUCCAGGAUAUGGGGAUUAAUGUGGUCCACAUUGAAUCCAGACCUUCCACAAGGGCCGAAUCCGAAUACGAAAUAUUAGUCGAAGUUGAAUGCGACAAUAGGAAGAUGGAACAAGUCGUAUCACUUCUGAAGAGGGAAGUAGCUGCUGUAAAUUUGGCCCAUUACGAACAAGGAUGCGAUUUUCCACCGCCCACCCCUUUAUCAGCCACCGCGAGUUUUGAUUUCGAAGAAGUUCCCUGGUUUCCAAAAAGAAUUAAGGACUUGGACAAGGCGCAGAAAGUUUUGAUGUAUGGAUCUGAGUUGGAUGCAGAUCAUCCGGGUUUCAAAGAUCCCGUAUAUCGCAAAAGAAGGGAAAUAUUUACAAAUAUCGCCAACUCAUACAAAUACGGAGAUGUAAUUCCAAGGGUACAGUACACAGCAGAGGAGAUCAAAACUUGGGGAACUGUUUUUCGAGAACUGCAUAAGCUCUACGAAAAAUACGCAUGCCGAGAAUAUCUCGAAAACUGGCCCGAACUUGUAAAAUAUUGCGGCUACAGGGAAGACAACAUCCCUCAGCUUCAAGACAUCAACGUUUUCCUCAAACGAAAGACUGGAUUCCAAUUGCGUCCUGUUUCGGGAUAUCUGUCUCCUAGAGAUUUUUUAGCAGGUUUGGCGUUCAGGGUUUUUCAUUGCACCCAGUACAUAAGGCACAGUUCUGACCCGUAUUACACGCCUGAACCAGACUGCUGUCAUGAGUUGUUGGGACACAUGCCACUUUUGGCCAACCCAAGUUUUGCGCAGUUUUCGCAAGAAUUGGGUUUAACUUCACUUGGAGCAUCGGAUGGAGACGUUGAAAAACUUGCCACGCUCUACUUCUUCACAGUCGAGUUUGGAUUGUGUAAACAGGACGGUGACUUGAAGGUUUACGGAGCCGGACUUCUGUCAUCUAUAGCUGAACUCCAACAUGCUAUAACUGCAACAGAUAAAAUAAAAAAGUUCGAUCCUGAAGUCACCUGUCAUGAGGAAUGCAUAAUAACAUCUUAUCAGAACGCAUAUUAUUACACCGAUUCAUUUGAAGAGGCCAAAGAAAAGAUGAGAGAAUUUGCAAAGUGUAUUGAAAGACCGUUUGGAGUGCGUUACAAUCCUUACACACAGAGUGUUGACGUGCUUAGCAAUGCUCAGAAAAUAGCAGCAUUGGUCUCUGAACUGCGUGGUGAUCUUUGCAUUGUGAGCAACGCGCUUCGUCAGAUCGAAGCUAAAGACGGCACCGUCGAGAGCAUUGCUUUAAUGCUUCAACAAGGGAUAGAUCUUGGAAACGACAAAAAACACGAAGAUGAUUAAUCCAGUAUCAAGUAGAAGAAAUCAUUAGAAGCAUUUUCCUUUAUUUUGCACAACUGUAAAACAAUUUAUGUUCCGCUUAAAUGUAAAACCAUAAUGUCAAGUAAAAACAUUAUUGUUGUCUUUUGUUCUUUAUUAAAUAUUAGAUCCUAAUUUCAAAAUAAGAUUACAGCAGUAGAGGAUGGUACACUAAUGAAAUAUACAAAUUGUAUUUAUUUUUUUGUUUAAAGUUUGUAUAUAUCGAACACUUUUAUACUCUGGAUAUAGCCUGGAUGAAAAACAAAAUCAGUUGUUAAUUGCCAAGCUUUCGACCUAUUUUAAGAUCAUAACAACAAAACAAUCUUAAAAGAUGUUUACAAAUAGACAUAAAUGAUCAAUUUCAAAUGGUAAGAAAGGUUAACAUGAUCAUAAAUACUAAAUUUUAUCAGCUUCUAUUAAAUG